UGUAAGAGGGGCAUGGAUAAAAAGAGGGAUUGGAAGACAUUAACCUAGUUAAUUUGAUGGUAUACUUCUGUAUUAUUAUGGAUCAUCCUUCAUUAAAUUAUAUUACAAAUCCCUACUUUGGAAGACCUCCGAAAAUUCAAGAUGAAGUUAUGUUUAGAUGCUUACCAAAUUGGGACAGCCCCAUGUAGCUAGCUUUAAUUACAUGGUUAACCAAGGUUUAGAUCAAGCUAUAAAAAACCUAGUUCCAGUCGAAUUUAUGGUAGACGAUAAAAAAAUUAAGCUAAUUAUCACUGGUUGUAGCCUGAGCAAUCCACAAGUACCAUUUGGUACUAUUGGUGUGAAAAAUGGUCUUAUCUACCCGACAGAGUGCAGGCAGCGCAACUCAACUUAUGCAGGAAAAUUUAUAAUAGAUGUGGAAUGGUAUCUAGAUGAUCGACCACAGCAACCUUUUCAGAAGGAGUUAGGAAAUAUUCCUAUAAUGUUAAAGUCAAAUCGUUGCAAUUUAGAGAAGCUGAAGCCACAAAAAUUAGUUGAACAUGGUGAACAUGAGCAAGAAUGGGGUGGAUAUUUUGUUGUUUCAGGCCUUGAAAAGAUAAUAAGGAUGUUACUGUUAACUAGAAGGAAUUAUCCUAUAGCUAUUAGAAGAUCGGGAUGGAAAGGGAGAGGUACUUUAUUCUCUGAUCUUGGUAUAUCAAUCAGAUCCGUUACAGAAGAUCAAACAUCAACUAACAAUGUUUUGCAUUUUGUAACUGACGGCACUGCCAAGCUCAUGUUUAGCUACCAAAAAAUGUUGUAUUAUGUUCCAUUGUGCCUGAUUCUAAAAUGUUUAAGUGAUUAUACUGACUAUUACACUUACCAGAGGCUUGUCCAAGGUUUUGAAGAUGAUGUUUACUAUGUAGAUUGUAUUCAAGAGAUGCUAAAGCAACUUCACAUGGAAAACCUCCAUACUCAUAAGGACUGUAAAUCAUAUUUAGGAAAAAUGUUCAGAGUAAGAUUUUAUGAAUGUCCAGAAUGGUUUACAGAUGAAGAAGUUGCCGAAUUUGUCCUGAAAAAGUGUGUUCUUAUACAUUUAGAGAAUACUGAAGAUAAGUGGAACCUAUUAGUCUUCAUGACCCAGAAAUUAUUUGUUUUCGCCAGGGAUAAGUGUAAAGUCGAAGGAGCUGAUGCAGUUAUGAUGCAAGAGGUACUGCAAGGGGGCCAUUUGUAUCUUCAAAUUUUAAAGGAAAAAAUGCAAAUGUGGCUAAAUUCAUUGAGAAUUAAUAUUCUAGGCCUCAAUAAGAGCAACAAAUUUAGCUAUUCUCAGUCUGACAUUUUGAGGGCAGCAAAAGUAACUGGCUCAUUUGAACAUGCUUUAAAAUUAUUUUUGGCCACUGGGAACUUACAGAGUCCUUCAGGUUUAGGUUUAAUGCAAGACAAGGGCUUAGCUGUAAUUGCUGAAAAUAUUAAUAGAAUGAGGUAUAUGUCACAUUUUCGAGCAGUUCACAGAGGGUCAUUUUUUCAAGAAAUGAGAACAACUGAGGCGAGACAGCUUUUGCCAGAUGCCUGGGGAUUUAUUUGCCCUGUUCAUACCCCAGAUGGAGCUCCUUGUGGGUUGCUUAAUCAUUUGGCAAUGAACUGUAUAAUAACGGAUGUUGCUGACCAAGUAAAGGUUAAUAAAAUACCAUUGAUAUUGACUGAAAUGGGCAUGUUGCCAGCGAGAAACAUUAACAAAAACACAAACUUGAAGGAUACCUACAUAGUACAAUUAGAUGGCAAGGUUAUAGGCUAUGUCCAAAAGAAUAGAGCACAAGUCAUUGUCAAUCAAUUAAGAUUGAUUAAGAUCAAAGGUGAACAGGUACCUGAUAGCUUGGAGAUUGUCUUGAUUCCAAUGAAAGACACCAAGGCCCAGUAUCCAGGGAUAUUCUUGUUUACAGGACCUGCUCGAAUGAUGAGGCCAGUGUUAAAUUUAAAAGUGAACGAGGUUGAAUUGAUUGGGACCUUUGAGCAGGUCUAUUUGAAUAUCUGUAUUACCCUUGAAGAAGCUUAUAAAGGCAUCACAACUCAUAUGGAAAUUUCAAAAACUGCAUUCCUGUCAAAUUUGGCUCAACUAAUUCCAAUGCCAGAUUGUAACCAAUCACCCCGUAAUAUGUACCAGUGUCAGAUGGGUAAGCAGACAAUGGGUAGUCCUUGUCACAACUGGGACUUCCAGUCGGAAACCAAACUGUACAGAUUACAAACUCCAGGAACUCCCUUAUUUAGACCUGUGCAUUAUGACCUGAUGAAACUGGAUGACUUUGCAAUGGGUACAAACGCUAUCGUUGCUGUUAUCAGUUAUAGUGGGUAUGAUAUGGAAGACGCAAUGAUUAUAAACAAAGCCUCAGAGGAGCGAGGUUUUGCUCAUGGCUCUAUCUAUAAAUCAGAAUUUGUUGAACUAGACCAUGAGUCAUCAUAUUUUGCUAGAGAUCCUACAGCACCAACAUUAGCAGAGCUUAUGGACGAGGACGGUCUUCCAUUUGUAGGGAGGAGAAUGAUGGAGGGUCAACCUUUUUAUUGCUACUAUGAUGCUGAUAGGAUGAUUUACAAGAAAGUGUACUUUAAAGGUAAAGAAGAAUGUUAUUUGCACUCAGUUAAGCUCUGUGGAGAGUUUAAAGCCAAUGUUAGGAAGACGGUGUGUUUUACUUACAGAGUUCCACGAAAUCCAUCAGUUGGAGACAAAUUCGCUAGCAGAGCAGGCCAAAAAGGGAUUUGUUCGCUAAGAUAUCCGUCCGAGGAUUUGCCAUUUACAGAAACAGGUUUAAUCCCAGAUAUUUUAUUCAAUCCCCAUGGUUUCCCGUCGCGAAUGACGAUCGCCAUGAUGAUAGAACUCAUGGCAGGGAAAUCGGCGGCAUUGCACGGAUUGGUACACGAUGCGACACCAUUCAAGUUUAACGAAACUUCAACAGCAAUUGACUAUUUUGGGAAACUAUUAGAAGCUGGUGGUUAUAAUUAUUACGGAACCGAAACGUUGUAUUCGGGUAUUGACGGGAGGGAGUUUUCCGCACAGAUAUUCUUUGGGAUCGUUCAUUAUCAAAGACUCAGACACAUGGUUUCGGACAAGUGGCAGGUUAGAUCGACCGGUCCCACCGAUAUUACAACGAGGCAGCCAAUAAAAGGUCGAAAACGAGGCGGGGGUGUCCGCUUUGGUGAAAUGGAACGAGACGCAUUGAUCAGUCAUGGUUCGCCAUUUCUUUUGCAGGAUCGGCUUUUAAAUUGUUCCGAUAAGACGACGGCUUCGAUUUGCACGUCUUGCGGUACCAUAUUAGGACCCAUCAAAAUUAUAUCCAGGAGAGCGGACAGGCCACAAAUGUCAGAGAAAAAGGAUACGUGUCAGUUUUGCGGUCACGGUAGAAAUGUUUCGUCAAUUCAGAUUCCCUAUAUAUUUAAAUAUUUUGUUACUCAAUUGGCGAGCUGCAAUAUUAAUGUCAAGAUUGAAUGCAAAGAUGUAUGAUGUCUAAGGAACAAAGUGCCUAGAAGAAAGGCGAAAGAUUUUUUUUUCAGUAAUUAUAUUGUAUAAAUAGGUUCAUAGCGCUUGUACUUUUUAUUUCUUUAAUUUUCGUAAUUUUAAUUUGUGUUUUUUACUAUUGCCCCGCAUACAACUACUUAUGGUAGUAACAUGGAUUUCGAAUCACAGUAAUCCACUACAUUUUGGCAGCCAUUUUUUUUGUAUUGUGCGAUAUAUCAUCGUAUGCAUAUGUCGAAUGAAACCCGCUUUGAACGGGACAGGCGCAGAAAUUCCUCAAAACUGUUGCUCUCAAUAACCAAAACUUACCAAUAUGUUGUUUUCUAUGGUCAAUUGUUAGGUUGCUGAAAUUUUAUAUAUUGGGAACAUUCAAAAAGAGGAAAAUUUGAAAAUGUAUAGUAGGUAUAACUAACCAACAAUUAAGGUUUAACAGGAAUGUUAUCUAUUAUUUAUGGCGCAUCGACCAUUUACACAGUUGACAUUGUCAUGAAACACUAAUAAACAUACCACCAGUAUUUGAUUUUACUUCCAAUCACUGACGUAGUUGUCAACCUCUCAGUUUUAGAAGGUAGGAAUUGCAAUUCAAAAUAAUUCUUAUAUGUUUGCGACAGGGUCGCCAGGUUUACUGAUUUAUUGCUAAUGGAGUAACUACAAAUUUGCAAAUACUGCAAGUAGCAUUUAAAUUGAUUGUUGUACAACUGAUUGCACUUUCACACAGUUUAUAUUGCAAAUUUAUAAAUCAUUUAAUCUAGCUAUCCUGUGGUA